AUGAAAACUUAUCUGCUUCUCUUUCUCGUCUUCUCACUUAUCAUACAAAUUUCCUUCGGUGAGGGCGAGCAAUGCGGUCAUCAAGUCAAUGGAACACUCUGCCCCAAUGGUCUAUGCUGCAGCAAGGAAGGAUAUUGCGGUACCACUAAACCCUACUGUGGGAAAGGUUGCCAAAGCCAGUGCGAUUAUGUUCCUCCUCCUACUGCUCCUCCUCCUCCUUAUGUUCCGGACGUGCAGUGUGGUCGUCAAGUCAAUGGAAAACUCUGCCCCAACGGUCUAUGCUGCAGCAAGGAAGGAUUUUGCGGCACCACUAAACCUUACUGUGGGAAAGGUUGCCAAAGCCAGUGCAAUUAUGUUCCUCCUCCUACUGCUCCUCCUCCUCCUCCUUAUGUUCCGGCCGUGCAGUGUGGUCGUCAAGUCAAUGGAAAACUCUGCCCCAACGGUCUAUGCUGCAGCAAGGAAGGAUUUUGCGGCACCACUAAACCUUACUGUGGGAAAGGUUGCCAAAGCCAGUGCAAUUAUGUUCCUCCUCCUACUGCUCCUCCUCCUCCUCCUUAUGUUCCCGUCCUGCAGUGUGGUCAUCAAGCCAAUGGAAAACUCUGCCCCAACGGUCUAUGCUGCAGCAAGGAAGGAUUUUGCGGCACCACUGAACCUUACUGUGACCGUGAGAAAGGUUGCCAAAGUCAGUGCACUCUUCCUGCUCCUGCUCCCGCUCCCACUCCCACUCCUCCUAAUCCCACCAUUCCUCGUAAGGUGAUUAAUAUCUUGGACGCUGUAAUCUAAUGAGAUGUAGCGUUGUUGUAUCCAAGCAAUAAAAGAAUAUCAAACUAAAUAAAACUGCUUUUUAAUAA